AUGGCAUCAUCAUCAACACACAGUGGUCAGCCCGCAAGUGAAAACGAGCAACGAGACUUCCCUCCAACUUCCUACACCGUCGGAUGGAUCUCCGCAUUGCCUACCGAGUCUAUAGCGGCACAGUCAAUGCUAGAUGAGCGACACAAAUCUCCUGAGACGAGAAACCAGCACGACAGCAAUACAUACAUACUGGGCAGAGUAGGGAAACACAAUGUCGUCAUGGCAUGUCUUGACGACUAUGGCCCCACUCGUGCUGCUAUGGUAGCCUCGAAUAUGAUGUCCGCUUUCCCAAACGUACGAUUCGGUCUGAUGGUCGGAAUAGGUGGCGGAAUACCAAGCAAAGAGAAUGAUAUUCGUCUCGGAGACAUCGUUGUCUCGAAGCCCACAGGGGAACAUGGCGGGGUUGUACAAUAUGAUCUUGGGAAAAUGGAGAAAGAUGAGUUUCAUCGCCUCGAUUCGCUAAACAAGCCCCCUCCUCUUUUGAGGACUGCAGUGAAUGCCCUCAAGACGAGAUACGACUUUGAAACACAAAUCUCAGAGCGAGCGACUACCGCGUUUAAGUUUUGCCCAAAAUGGGAAAAGAUGUUCUUACGACCAUUGUCUCAAGACAGGCUCUUUGGACCGGAUUACGAACAUGUAAGCGACAACCAAACAUGUGAGGAAUGCGAUAGAGUAUAUGAGUUGCUUCGAGAAGAACGGCCAGAUCCUGCUAUCCCUGAGAUUCACUAUGGGAAAAUUGCGUCUGGGGGUUCAGUCAUCAAGAAGGCAAGCGAUCGGGAUCAUCUAGGGAAGAGAGAUAAUGCUAUAUGUUUUGACAUGGAAGCGGCUGGCCUGAUGGACGAUUUUCCUUGCCUCGUGGUCCGCGGUAUCUGUGAUUAUUCGGAUUCACACAAGAACAAGAAUUGGCAGCCCUACGCUGCUGCAGUGGCAGCUGCUUAUGCAAAGGAACUGUUGUUACAGAUUCCGCCGGAAGCUGUGAAGAGUUUGCGUCCGAUACAGAGUGAGUGAUACCUGUCCAGAGCACAUUAGGCAAUUGGUAGCAGUGGGUUCUUAGGUAGCAUCGCAAUAUAUAUGUUUUUUGCGUCUCGCUUACUAUAAUUGAUUGAAUUAGAUGUCCAUUGGAUUGUUCCGAAGAGUGUCAAUCCUUUCUUCACAGGUCGCGAGAGAAUCUUGCGAGAGCUCCGAGGUAUAUUUGCCAACCUGGCGAUGAGAAAGACUCCGUGCAUAAACGUUUCGUCAUCCAUGGCAUUGGUGGUGCUGGGAAAAGCGAGGUAUGCGUAAAAUUUGCACACGACAACAAGAACAAGUGAGUGUUCCUGGAGUUCUCAAAUGACGGCAUUCGCUAAUAACUCGUAUCAGUUUCUGGGGAGUCUUCUGGAUAGACGCCACAACCGAAGAUUCUAUCCGUCGAGGUAUGAUCUGUGCUGCGCAGAGAGCUUUCAAUAAUAGCAGCAUGAAUUUCGAGGACGCCAAAACCGAAUUCUCAAAUUUUGAGUACUCCUGGCUUUUGAUACUAGAUAAUGCCGAUAACCCAGAGAUCAACUACGAGCAAUACUUUCCAACAGGAAAUACCGGCAAUAUCAUUAUGACGACUCGGAACCACGACUGCAUAAAGUAUGGUACAGCCGGACACGAAACCUUUGAGAAACUCGACCUAGAAGACGCCGUAGAGCUUUUGCUGAAGUCUUCUGGAAUAAAAAAAGAAUACCGGGAUGAAAACGAGGCCGAAGCGUCAAACGUCGUCCAGCUUCUUGUACGGCAUGCACUCGCGAUUACUCAAGCUGGCGCUACAAUCAAUCAAGGGAUCUGCAACCUUCCGAAUUACUCAAAGUUUCUCACCUCCCAACAAAAAGAAUUACUCAGUGACUAUCCAACUCAGAGUCAGUCAACAUACGGCAGCGUGUACGCAACCUCUGAGGUCUCUGUACAAGCAAUGCAGAGAUCAAAGAAAAGCGAAUGGAAGGAUGCGCUGGCUCUACUUCAGAUUCUCGGGUACUUCUAUCGGGACAAUUUAUCUGAGGAAAUCUUCUCCAGAGCAUGGGAUUAUGCCCUCAAUAUAUCCACUUGGCAACCGCAUGAUCUCCUCACACAUUUAUCGAUGUGGCAUGUACACUAUCUCAGAAGAAUAUUGCCACCACAAGCAAGCAAUCGUGACGAAGCUCUAAUGUCAUUCGGAAGAGCAAGACAAGUCUUGCGCUCCUUCUCGCUUGUUUCUUUUGACCCUCAAACUUCGGCCAUUUAA